CGUGCAAAGGGGGUGUGGUGGGCGUGACAUAGCGCUGCCGACAGAUGACGUCUCUGGCCGACCGUUUCACGGAGGAGAAUGAAGGAUGGAAUGCAUUGCAUUUCAGCUCCAUCCCCAUCUCUGCACCAGCAGGGUGAACCAGUACUUGUCCUGUCUUGUUCUGUCCGCCCCCAGAGAGAUGGGUUUCUCUGUAUCUCUACCGGGAUGAGAUUAUUCAGCCCUGCUGGUGCUGGGGCUUUCCUCUAUAGGUUUCAGCCCACCCCAGCAACAUGCCCCCACCCCCCUUGGCCGAGCCCUCUUCUACCUUCUGUCCUCCAGCUCCAAAUCCACCACCGUCCAGACCUUCUUCUCCCCCCUUCUCCUAGCUCCACUGCCAAGAAGCUCCUGGACCUCCUCAAGAACCCAGGGAAAUCCAACACCCGGGGUGGCACUGGGGAGUCGGCGCCCCUAGCUGGGGCUCUGAUGACCCUGUGUGAGAAAAACGGGACCAGCUUCCAUCUGCAAUGUUUCUCUGCCGUGUUCAACGCCAAGCAGGGUGCCCAGCUCAGUGAAGCAUUCCCGGAGGAGAACCGGGAACGCUGCAGGCUGAAGCACCAGGCCCAGCCCCAAAAGGAGCUCCGCGCCUGGGCCGCGAAAGGCAUGGCUUGGGCAGCGGGGACACCAGUGGAGGGGAGGUGGGGGCUGGAGGUCUGAUAGUAGAUAAUGCCCUUAAAAG